AUGCGUGUGAGCACAAUAUUCACAUUGUUGCAAGUGACUUCGUCUACUGGCGCCGCUGCGUCAGUAGUCGAGGAUCUCUUUCGCCAACGUGCUCAGCUACCCCAUUCAGGAGGGUUGACCGCACGGCAAGCCGCCAGCAUCAACGGCUCUGACUAUCCGCCAUCAUGGAUGACAAUACCAGUCGACCAUUUCAACCAGUCUGACUCUCGCACGUUCCAGAAUCGCUACUGGUUCAACGCGACCUUCUAUCAACAGGGCGGGCCAGUUUUUUGGUUCGACUCUGGAGAGCAGAAUGCUCAGCCAUUGGUUCCUUAUUUCCUGAAUGAGGUGGCGGGGCCCUCCGCAGUUAUGUCACUUGCUCGACGAUUCAAUGGCCUUGCGUUGCUUGUCGAGCACAGGUACUACGGCGGUGUGGAAGAAGGCAGCUAUCCACACCCAAUCAAUAGCACGACAGGGGAGCUUCUUGAUCCCAGUGGGUAUAGAUACCUGAGCACUGAGCAAGCUCUUGAGGAUACGGUCUACUUCGCGAACCACUUUGAGGCCUCCUCAGGCGUGAAUGGAACCUUCUCCCCAGACAAAACGCCAUGGGUCUGGCUCGGUGGCAGCUAUCCCGGGAUUCGCGGUGCUCAGCUGAGAGUUCGAAACCCCGAGACUUUCUACGCGACCUGGGCGUCCAGUCCGCCCACCGAGGCAGCUGUGGAUAUGUGGACAUAUUACGCACAAGCUGAGAGAAGCAUGACAAGAAAUUGCUCCGCAGACUUCACUGCAGUCACGCGAUACGUCGACAACGUCCUCGCUAAUGGCACCCAGUCUGAGGUAACUUCUUUGAAACGACAGCUGUUGACAGCUGUCCAGGCGUCCCCCUCGAAUCUGAAUCCAGCUGUGAGCGCUGGAGAUGUGGAGGGACUUGACAACGCAAGCGUCGGCUCACUAUUAUUGACGCCACUAAAUUUCUAUCAGUACUUCGGAUUUCAGCGAUCGGUGCUACCAUUCUGCGAUGUAUUGGAGACACAAAACCGGACCAAUGUUUCUACCACGGACAACGGCGGCACGGCCAGAUCUAUUGCUCCCGCAUCAGGCCUUGCCCUAGAAUACAACAUCAGCACAGCAUGGAAUGCCUUUCUCGUCGCUCUCGUGGAGCUCAACUAUGACAAUAUUGAUUCAGUGAGCCCUCAAGACCCUGUACAGGGAUACAGUUGGGCGUAUCAGUACUGUUCUGAGUAUGGGUACUAUCAGCGUGGAAAUCCGGACAAUGAACAUACCAUUGAGUCGCAGUUCAUCAGCCUCGAUUACUUCCAGGACAACUGCAACUCUGUCUUCCCCGGUCUGCUACCACCUAGUCCGAAUGUCGAGGCGUCCAAUAAAUAUGGCGGUUGGCUCAUGCAGCCGUCUAACACGAUGAUGACAGGGGGUCAAUACGAUCCCUGGCGGGCUCUGUCGCCUGCCUCGACAGAGAUGGGAUCCCCAGGGAGGAAGACAACACAAAUCAUUCCGGGUUGUAAUCAACCGCCUGAGGACAAUGACAUCUUUGGUUUGAUAUACGAUGGCAUGGUGCAUGUCAGUGACAUGAGGGCGUUGCUGAACUUAAGUGAUCCCUACCACCAAAACUUCUCCACGAUCGGCUUCAGCAGUUUCAUUAGUACGGAGCCUUUCUUUGCAGGGACAGCCUUAUUCGAGAGGGCAUUGGAGACGUGGUUGCCUUGCUUCGGAAGUAAUGUAUCCAGCGUGAUCAACAUGUGA